CAAAAAUUAACCCACAUCCGGGAUGUUCAUGUAAAGUUUACAAACACAAGUAAACUCAUACGUGGCUGAAGAUAAUUUGUCCACUAAAAAACCGAACAAUAUUGUGAACUAUGUUUUAAUAACACAUGGGACCAGCAAGAGAGAUCAUUCCAAUACCUUAGUGAGACAUAAGCUACCUUCUGCUGAAAUCUUCAGGUGACCGACAGAGAAAUUAGAGGCUACCGAACCGUAGCGUAGCUUAGCCUUAGGUACCGUGUUGUGGCGGGAUGGCAGAAGGAGGCGGCGGCGGUGGCGGUGCAGGGUUCGACCCGUGUGAGUGUAUAUUCAGCCAUGAGGGCGCCAUGCGUCGACUCAUCUCAUUGCUCAGGAACACGCAGUCAUAUUGCUCAGACACGGAAUGCUACCAAGAAUUUCCAGGUCCCGAGGCCGGGAGCGAAGGUGGUUUCAGCAUCGGGCUCAUGCUGGUGAUAUGGAUCGCCCUCGCUGUGGUCCUGUUCCUAGUGCGACCGUCCAGCAUGCGACAUCGUGGCGACGAAAAGCCCGCACCUGGGAACGAGGAACCUACUAACGAACCACCCGCACCACCAAUGCAAUAAGUGCGUGCCAGACUCUCUCUCUCACCAGCGCGAUCGAUGGCAUUCUCGUUCCUACACUCUGCAAACAAGAUGGCGGAUGCACAGUUGGCGAGGCCGCUUCAACAACUACAUCGUUAAUGAUGCGGCCACCCCGGCUAAUUACCACAAGGCUCUGAUUAGUAACUACCGCAUAAACACAGACUUAUUUAUAUAUCCAAAUAGCGAAUGCUCCCUCACUCUGUCGUGGUCGCCCAGUGAUCAUCCUAACACGUGGCUCCCUCUAUAUCGCGCAGCCCCCAUCCGUGGUGUGGAGACGACCACGCACACACGCGUGUGUUAAUCUCACACGCGUGUGAGUUAAUCUCUGUGUAACAUAUCCAUAGAGAAGCUUUGCAGGAAUUCUGCAGUGAAUUCUGCAGCGGCGGCGGCGGCGGUGGUGGUGGGGGGGUCGACUGCGUAUUAAUACACCGCUUGUGCCUUCAGCGCCGCCCUGGUGGAACGAUGCACGCGUGCAGCUGCGAUAAAUCGUUAAAGUGGUUUAUAGGUUGUCUCAUGCGUGUGGUGUUCCAUCAAUGCGGCACGCACCCACCCUCGUCCGAUGUAUCGCUCGGGCAGUUGUGAGCUGACACUUGUAGUGGACAACAUAUAUAUAUAUAUAUAUAUAUAUAUAUAUAUAUAUAUGGCUCAGCUGCUCGGUUAGAGCAGGUUUGG